AAGCCAUGUAUGUCAGCGUGGGUGGGUGACUUGACGCCGGUCUCCCAGCCAGAGUAACGGCAGCCGUCUCCUCCGAUCCCUCAAUUGUCUCGAUUUGUUGACGUUUGCUGGAGUACAGCAGCCGCUAGAAACGGGGGUCUGUCUGUUGUUUCAGGCGAGUCAAUGAAGCUAGCCAGCUAGCUAGCUUAAAUGGGUUUUCGAGUUAAAUAUGAUCGCCUCACUUUCUAGAGGAAGUUUGCUGGAAGAGGUUCUUCAUGGGGGCUUUAAUGAGCAGCAGCUGGCAGCCUAUGUUUCCUGGGUGAACUCUCAGUUGAAGAGGAAACCAGGCCUGAAACCUAUCACUAACCUCAGGCAUGAUCUGCAGGAUGGGGUGGUGCUCACACAACUCAUAGAGAUAGUUGCUGGGGAAGUGCUGGAAAGAGUGUAUGUUGCUCCACAAAACAAAGAGGAAAGUAGGAACAAUGUGGAGCAAGUCUUGCAGUUCAUUUCCUCCAGACACAUACGCAUGCCACAUAUAUCUGCAAGAGACAUUGUUGAAGGUAAUCUGAAAUCUGUAAUGAGGAUAAUUCUGGCUCUGGCUGCCCACUUCAAACCCUCAGCCAAUCACAGGGCUGCUUCAGUAAGUGGGAGGAGUUUGUCAAGAAGCUCUGCCAGCCACAACCCUCUCUCCACUGUUGCACUAGCACAAGGUGCUGCUGCUGCACUGGCAUCAGCACGACUUGAUGCCUCGCAGCCUACAUGCACCACACGUAUCCACAGUGGCUGGGGGUUAGAUGUGGAAAAGAAUGUGUGUGUUCGUGCACUGGUUGAGCAGUAUGAAAGAGGAGAGCCGGAAAAUCCCCAGCCAAGCAGCCUCAGCUCCGUUAGUCCACUGUCAUCUCCAAGAGCUCCACCCAGCAGCCACUCAGACAGACAGCAGGAAGACCACCAACCACACGACAGCAGUGCGGAGACGGCGUUGGAGGAUUCUUUCAGUGAAACUUUGGAGAAGGAGGUGCAGGACACACGUAAAAUGGUGUCUGCUUUACAGGCCCUGCUACUGCAUGGUUCGCUGCCUGAGGAUGAGCAGGAUGUGUCUUUGAGUUUGGACCAAGGCAAUGCUGACCAGCAACUGGUAGUAGUCAUUCGCAGUCGUUUGGAUCAGAGCAUGGAGGAGUCUCAGGAGCUGAAGAGGGAACUGUUACGCUGUAAGCAGGAGAUGAGAAACCUGCAGGGAGUCAAGGACGCCCAGCAGCAGAGGCUGUGCACUCAGGAGGCAUCAAUACUGCAGAUGAAGCAAGAGCUUCUCAGAGCCAGCAUGACGAAGGAGGAACUAAACAACCAGAACGCCGAGCUACAGUGGAAGCUAGAGGAAUGUAACAGGCUGUGGGGCGAAUGCAAGAAGGAGAUAGGACAGAAGGACAGACUUCUGCAGCAACUUAAACACAAGCUUGAAGAAAGUCAAAAAAAGCAGAAUGAAUUGCAAAGAGAGUUGGAGCAUAAAAACAGCAUGCAGAUUCCCACCGUCACAGAAAACAAUGGAUAUUCUUACUCUGGAAAUCCAGCUACCUCUAUGUCACACCAGGCAGAGGAGGUUCAGCUGCUCAGAGAUUCACUUCGCAGUUUGAGGAACAACUUCAGAGACCACGACCCGCAGCACCAUACACUGGACACCCUGGAGCAGGGCAUAGUAUCACUCAUCGACAGACUGCAUGUUCUGCAUACACACAGGGGAAGGGGGAAAUCUCCAAGACGCAGAGGCCAACACACAGACUCUGACACCUGGCCAUGCACAAACGUUUGUCAAUCCCACAGUGGUUCUUCUGCCUCCACUAAAAUCCUUUAUUUUACUGGAAAAUCCCCAACACCUUCCAUGAUCAAUAUACAGAAGAGGUUGGGUGAGGUUACUCUAAAGGAUGUUAAGGCAGCUGUGGAUCGAGAGGGAAACUACAGGUACCACUUCAAGGCCCUGGAUCCUGAGUUUGGCACUGUGAAAGAAGAGGUAUUUCUGGAUGGAGCAAUCAUUCCAGGCUGGGAAGGAAAAAUAGUGGCCUGGGUAGAAGAGGACCGUGGUGAAGAUAGGCCAUUGUAGGUGCAAGCUGAGGGGCCUUGACACUUUGUUUUUGCUCCUGGUCGCUCUUAUCCGAGAGGCACAUCGAGACAACUGUACAACAGCGGCACAAGUGGACACUUGGGAUUUGAAUUAUUUGCAAAAUACUGUAAGACUUGUCAGCAAGAGAUUUUAGUUGAUCAACUGGUACUUAAAAUGCACUGAUAGCUCUACCCGAUCUGGAAAUCUGUAACUGAUGUCUAGAAUAUCGUAAAACUUAGUGCCUUACAAAGGAAAGCUAUUUCCAUCAUGUGCUUAUUAGAGCCAAGCUGUAACUGUAUCAUCAAAACUAGACAGAAACAUUAUUUUUGAUUCAACUGUUUCUAAAACCACAGUUGUGUUGUUGCUUCUCCUCUAGUUGAAGCCAGAGGUUUGUACUGUAUUGAGGAAUUGGAAAAAAAGCCUUUUCAUUCCUUGUGUAGCAAUAAAGUCUUUGAAACAAAUACUACCAGAAUACAUGGUAGAAAUAUGUAUUGUCCAGGUACAUGUUACUACUAACAUAACAGAUAACACAAAAAGAAAGAGGAUGAUGGUCAUCUGAAGUCCUAACAUAGUAAAGAAAAAAAAACGGUUGAACUUAUUUAAUUGAUUUCACUAAAUAGGACCCAAAUCCAGAUGUGGUCUGUAGCACACCAGCAUGCAUGUUAACAGAUGUGUUCAAACUGAACUCCUGUCAGUGAAAUAGAAAUGAUGCUGGGAUUUUGAUGUUCAUGUAGAAAUAUAGAUGAACAGCACUGUUGUUUUGUUUACUUUAUGAAAUUGCUUUGUACAUUUGUGUAAAAAAAUAUUUUCACUAUAUCCUUAAAUGUGUGAAAUGUAUGACUCUUGUCUGUUUAAAGAGAGAUUCCUGUGAGUUGAGAAUGCUUCUGUUAAAAAGAACACCACUAUUUAUGGUGUGUGUGUGUGUGUGUGUGUGUGUGUGUGUGUGUGUGUGUGUGUGUGUGUGUGUGUGUGUGUGUGUGUGUGUGUGUGUGUGUGUGUGUGUGUGUGUGUGUGUGUGUGUGUGUGUGUGUGUGUGUGUGUGUGUGUGUGUGUGUGUGUGUGAGAGAGAGAGAGAGAUCAGGAUAGACCGUUGUCAUGUUUUCCUUCACUCUGCUUCUAUCUUCCCAUUUAGGAUAAAUGUGUUUGCCUAUUAACUAAUAAGCCAACUGAAAUAUGCAUCAGUCUAUUUUUAAAUAAGACCAGUUUGAAUGCCAUAACUGCCUGUACUUUAAAAUGUACAAUUUACUGGUGAGAUUGUUAUUUAGCAACUGUUUUGUUUACUGAAAUAUUUUAUAAAAUAUGGAUACUGUCUGUUAAAAAUAAAAAUGACCUUUCUUGAAGACA